UUAUUAAUUACAUUGUCCGCAUUUCGUGGCAUUUGUGACUCAGGUCGGGUAAUUUGUUGAAAUCUUAUUCAUAUUAUAAAGAAAAAAAUUAAGAUUUGUAAGAUGCCAGGCGUUGAAACAAUAAAAUCAUGGGCUGAUGAGGUUGAAUUUGACUUUGGCAAUUUACCUCCGCCUACGGAAGACUUUGAGAAUGGUUUCAAGUAUGUAACUGAAUAUAAGUACAACAAGGACGAUAAAAAGGUGAAAGUGGUACGAACGUACAAGAUAUCCAAACAGGUUGUGCCCAAAACCGUAGCUAAACGCCGCACCUGGACGAAGUUUGGUGAAUCUAAAAACGACAAACCUGGCCCUAAUUCGCAGACCACCAUGGUGGCUGAAGAAAUAUUCAUGCAAUUUCUUAAUAUUAAAGAAGAGGAGAAAACGGCUGAUCCUUUGUUGGAUCCUACGAAAAAUAUAGCGAAAUGUCGUAUUUGUAACGGUGAACAUUGGUCUGUAAAUUGUCCAUACAAAGGUACAGCCAUGGACACUAAUUUAAUGGAGAAGAAAGCGUCAGCGGCAGCAGCUGCUGCUACCGAAGCUCCUAAGCCGGGAAAAUAUGUACCGCCCUUUCUUAAGGAUAAUCAGAAAUCUGGCAUGGGUAUGCGCGGGCGUGAUGACACUGCAGCUAUACGUAUAUCUAAUUUGUCUGAGUCAAUGACUGAGCAAGAUCUCGAGGAACUAAUUAAACGUAUUGGUCAACAUACGAAAAUGUACUUAGCACGUGACAAAAAUACUGGAAUAUGCAAGGGCUUUGCCUAUGUACACUUUAGGCAUCGUCAAGAUGCCGCGGCCGCUAUAGAAAUUCUUAACGGUCAUGGGUACGACCAUUUGAUUCUAAGCGCUGAAUGGUCAAAGCCUCAGAACAAUUGAUGUAAAAGUGAGCUAUUUUAAUAAAAUAAAUAUAGAAAUUAUUGAAAA